GGCGUGGCGCGGCGGCGCCGUGACGUCGCUGCAGCGCGGUGAGGUCAGUGCGGCGCCGCUGCCGGACCGCUGCCCCUCGGAGCCGCUCCCCCCGCCCCCCUCCUCCUCCUCCCCGACCGCUCCGCGACGCCUCCCGGGUCCCGGCGGCGGGAGGGCGGCUCGGCCGGGCCCGGAGCGGCGCUUUCGCCGCCUGAGAUCUUUCUUCCAGCGGUAGCCUCAAAAAUGGAGGUGGGAGGGCUUGGCUGGUGAAGGAGCAGCACCCGACACCUCGAAGGGUCGAAGGAUUUAAGAUACUCUAUCUAAAGGCAUUUGUGCCUGAAGCCACGGAAGAUAGAUGGACAAGCCAAGCAACUUCUGACCCUGCAUCAUUUUCUGGGGCAAAAUUGUAUGGCAAUGUAUCCUACAAGGGUGUCUGGUGAGGAAUGCAAUGGGAUCAAUAGCAUGUCUGCAGAGAGCGGCCCCGGGACGAGACUGAGAAAUCUGCCAGUGAUGGGCGACGGCCUCGAAGCCACCCAGAUGUCGACAGCGCAGGCGCAGGCGCAACCGCAGCAAGGCAGCACCGUCGGCGUCAACCCCCCUCCUCCAGAGACCUCCAACCCCAACAAACCCAAGCGGCAGACCAACCAGCUGCAGUACCUGCUCAAAGUGGUGCUCAAAACGCUAUGGAAGCACCAGUUUGCGUGGCCUUUCCAGCAGCCCGUGGAUGCUGUCAAGCUGAACCUCCCCGAUUAUUAUAAGAUAAUUAAAACGCCGAUGGACAUGGGAACAAUAAAGAAACGCUUGGAGAAUAACUACUACUGGAAUGCUCAAGAAUGUAUCCAGGAUUUUAACACGAUGUUUACAAACUGUUACAUCUACAACAAGCCAGGAGAUGACAUAGUCUUAAUGGCAGAAGCUCUAGAAAAGCUCUUCCUGCAGAAAAUCUCCGAAAUGACGCAGGAAGAAACUGAAAUCGUUAUAGCCCAGACAAAAGGGAGAGGACGCGCACGGAAGGAAGCAGUGACAUCCAAGCCAGGAUCAUCCACGGUACAGAACACAACCCAGGCCUCGUCCCCAGCCCAGACUCAGGCCCCACAGCAGAACCUCCAGGCCGCACAGACCACCCAUUCCUUCCCUGCUGUCACCCCUGACCUCAUCGUCCCGACGCCCGUGAUGACGAUGGUGCCUCCACAGCCCCCGGUGCCGCCUCCGCCGGCCCCCCAGACCCCCGCCCCGCCGGCCCCGACCCCCCAGCCCAUGCAGCCUCACCCCCCCGUCAUCCCCACGCCUGCUCAGCCCGUCAAGACGAAAAAAGGAGUGAAGAGGAAAGCAGACACCACCACGCCGACCACCAUCGACCCGAUCCACGAAUCGUCCUCGCUGCCCACCGAACCCAAAUCCACCAAACUGGGCCCGCGGAGGGAAAGCAGCCGCCCGGUGAAGCCCCCAAAGAAGGACGUCCCAGAUUCCCAACAGCACACGGUAGAAAAGAGCAGCAAAGUGUCGGAGCAGCUGAAAUACUGCAGUGGCAUCAUCAAGGAGAUGUUUGCCAAGAAGCACGCGGCCUACGCCUGGCCCUUCUACAAACCCGUGGAUGUAGAAGCACUGGGGCUGCACGAUUACUGCGAUAUCAUUAAGCAUCCCAUGGAUCUGAGCACGAUCAAAUCCAAACUGGAGAACCGGGAGUACAGAGAUGCUCAGGAAUUCGCCGCCGACGUGCGACUGAUGUUUUCCAACUGCUACAAAUACAACCCUGCUGACCACGAGGUGGUGGCCAUGGCGCGGAAGCUGCAGGACGUGUUUGAGAUGCGCUUCGCCAAGAUGCCGGAUGAACCGGAGGAACCGGUGAUCCCGGCCUCCUCUCCCGUGGUGGUUCCACCUCCGACCAAAGUGGUUCCCCCUUCGUCCAGCGACAGCAGCAGCGACAGCUCCUCCGACAGCGACAGCUCCUCCGACGACUCGGAAGAGGAAAGGGCUCAGCGCUUAGCGGAGCUCCAGGAGCAGCUGAAAGCAGUGCAUGAACAGCUUGCAGCCCUGUCCCAGCCCCAGCAGAACAAACCAAAGAAAAAAGAGAAGGACAAGAAGGAGAAGAAGAAGGAGAAGCACAAAAAGAAGGAAGAGCUGGAAGACAGCAAGAAGAGUAAAGCCAAGGAACCGCCGUCCAAGAAGGCCAAGAAAAGUAACAGCAACAGCAGCACCUCCAGUAAGAAGGAGCCGGUGACGGUGAAGAACAGCAAGCCCCCUCCAGCCUACGAGUCUGAGGAGGAGGAGAAGUGUAAGCCCAUGUCCUAUGAGGAGAAGAGGCAGCUGAGCCUGGACAUUAACAAACUGCCCGGUGAAAAGCUGGGCCGAGUUGUUCACAUCAUCCAGUCGAGAGAACCCUCGCUUAAAAACUCCAAUCCCGACGAGAUUGAAAUUGACUUUGAGACGUUAAAACCUUCCACGUUACGGGAGCUGGAGAGAUACGUAACGUCGUGUUUGAGGAAGAAGAGGAAACCUCAAGCAGAGAAGGUGGAUGUAAUUGCUGGUUCCUCUAAAAUGAAGGGGUUCUCCUCCUCAGAGUCUGAGAGCACCAGCGAGUCCAGCUCCUCCGACAGUGAAGAUUCAGAAACAGAAAUGGCACCAAAACUGAAGAAGAAAGGGCACUCUGGGCGAGAGCAAAAGAAGCAUCACCACCACCACCACCAAGCGGUUCAGCAGCAGCAGCAACAGCCGCCUCCUCCUCCUCAGCCCCCUCAGCAGCCCCCGCCGCCUCCGCCGCAGCAACUGCAGCCUCAGCAGCUGCAGCCUCAGCCUCCACCUCCGCCGCCCGUCCCCCCGCAGGCCCCGCCGCCGAUGAAGUCCUCCCCGCCUCCCUUCGUACCUGCGCAGGUCCCCGUCAUGGAGCACCCUCUCCCGGGGAACAUGUUCGACACUAUGCCGCAUUUCACUCAGCCCAUCAUGCAUCUCCCUCAGCCCGAGAUGCCGCCUCAUCUUCCCCAGCCGCCCGAGCACAGCACUCCUCCCCACCUGAACCAACACGCGGUGGUCUCGCCUCCAGCUUUGCACAACGCUCUGCCUCAGCAGCCCUCGAGACCCAGCAACCGCGCCGCCGCUCUGCCCCCGAAGCCUCCGCGCCCGCCGGCCGUCUCGCCAGCCAUCAGCCAGCAGCCCAUGCUCCCUCAGCCGCCUCUGCCCCAGCCUCCCCAAGUCCUGCUGGAGGACGAGGAGCCUCCCCCGCCUCACCACAGCCUGCCUCUGAGCACCAGCCAGAUGCAGCUCUACCUUCAACAGCUGCAGAAAGUGCAGCCGCAGACUCCUCUUCUCCCUUCAGUGAAGGUCCAGUCGCAGCCCCAGCCUCCCCUGCAGCCUCCGGCGCACCCCGCGGUGCAGCAGCUGCAGCACCAACCCCAGCAGAGGCCCAUGCACAUGCAACCCAUGCCCUUCCCUUCCCACAUCCCCCAACCGCAGCCACCUCCGCAGCAGCAUCAGCCCCCGCAGCCGCCGCCGCCGCAGCCUCCGCAGCCGGCGAAACCUCAGCAAGUCAUCCAGCAUCACCCCUCACCACGGCACCAUAAGCCCGAUCCCUACUCGACCGGUCACUUGCGGGAAGCCCCUUCCCCUCUCAUGAUGCAUUCCCCACAGAUGCCGCCGUUCCAGGGCUUGGUUCACCAGUCGCCACCUCAACAAAACAUCCAGCCAAAAAAGCAGGAGAUGCGAUCCGCCUCCGUCGUGCAAUCGCAGCCCAUGGUGGUGAAGGAGGAGAAGAUGCAUUCUCCCGUCAUCCGGAACGACCUCAGCCCCCCUUUGAGGCAGGACCCCCCGAAACACCCCGAGAGCAUCAAACCCCCCGCCCACAUCCCGCAGAGAACGGAGAUGAAGCCCAUGGAGGGCGGGCGGCCCGUCAUCAGACCCCCCGAGCAGAACGCGCCGCCGCCGGGCGUGCAGGACAAGGAGAGGCAGAAGCAGGAACCCAAAACGCCCGUCGCCCCUAAAAAGGACCUAAAAAUCAAGAACCUGGGCUCUUGGGCCAGCCUGGUGCAGAAGCAUCCCACCACGCCGUCCUCCACCGCCAAGUCGUCCAGCGACAGCUUCGAGCAGUUCAAAAGGGCGGCGAGGGAGAAGGAGGAGCGCGAGAAGGCGCUGAAAGCUCAGGCGGAGCAGGUGGAGAGGGAGAAGGAACGGCUGAGACGGGAGCAGGAGAGGAUGAGGUGAGGAGGAGAGGAUGGAGGUGAGGAGGAGAGGAGGAGGU